AUGGCACCUUUAGCUGAAGUUUCUUCAUCUGCUUAUGAGCAUGCAACUGUCAUGAAACACAAGAUAAUUGAAGAGUUACAAGAACCACAGAGUGAGGCAUUAUGUGAAGAAGAAGAUGGGACAAGUGAUAUUGAACAAAGCAACAAGGGAAAGGAUGUUUACACAGUACAAGAGACGAUGAUUACCAAGUCUUUGGACGUCCAAGAGCCAUCGAAGAAGCGCGUACGCUUUAAUGUGGCGGACGUUGUGGAGUUUGAACCAACCAUGUGGACAGCCACGGUUUCUUCAGAAGGUGUACCGCUUGGUAUGUCUGUAGAUGUGCGAUGUCGCACCAAGCGGCCUCUAGACACAUACGAGAUUGAGCGUGUGACGCAGCGUGUUGAUCGUCAAGAGUACAUGGAGUUGGGCUAUCUGGAGCCAGAAGAACGACUGGAUAUCUUAGAGAAUGCUGGUCAUUCCAUUUCGAUUAUUAGCCACAUUGAACGUGAUACGCUUCGGAUUAAUCAGGAACGAUGGGAAUCUAAUGAGUACGAUCUCAUGUAUCAAUAUGGACUGGGCGAGGUACCACUGAUAGAAGACGAUGGUCUAGAGACGGUGCAACAGUUACAUGUACGGUUUGCAAUGGAAAACAUGGACGCGUACGACGUCAUCAACACACGAACAUAUGACGACCUGAGCAUCGACUACGCCUCCGACUGCAUUUUGGGUGACGAUGAGAGCUCGGACGAGAACAAUGAGCUUCCUUAUGCUAUUGACUCGUUUGACUCUCCUCAAAGCUGCGACUUUUUGGAAAUGAGGACAUUGCCAUCAGAUAUGUCAGCCUCUUCCGACCGCCUGCUAGCUGUUGCAACAGCCACAAGCUGUGCUCAGUCUGCCAGUACCACUUUCACUGCUAGCAGUGAGACCGAGUCUUCAAAUAUAUCAGUGGAAGUGGCACCCUUUGUCGCCGUAUAA